AAACAGCUGGCGACGCGAUGCGUCAGAGCAAGAUGUCGAACGGGACUGCGCCAAGCUAGUUGCCCCUCUACCUUCUCUCUCUGUGGCACGGUGCAAGAGCUUCGAUAAAAGUGGACGUUCUCGGGCAAGCGUUCGGCGCAUUCGCGUGUGUAAAAUUCGGCAGCUAACGCGAUAGAAAAAAAGAAAGGAGUGUCGGGAACGGUGGGUGAACAGAGGACACGGUGAUAUAAAGGCAGGCAAACGAGAAAAUCCACGGCGAAAGUGGAGUUCCUUUGUUCCGUGCUACGAUCUCUGCGCAUAGGUUCCCGUGCGAGUGGCGCAGCAUUGUUUGUUGUGGUCGGUACGUCACUCUCGGCGUAUACACGGUUCGUCGCGAUAUAAAACCAGAUCCUGGCGUCCUGGCUGAUCUUGCGUCCGAUCAUUUUUUUCCUAGAAACAAUUUCAAUUGUACGAACGUCGAUCAGUGCCGUGGUCCGUCGCAAUCGUGAACAGUGUACCGACGCGAUUCGAAGCGAAAGGAUCUCGCCUAGCCUUUCGUGUACGCGCGAGUGCUUUGUUUUGACGAGCAGCUGAUCCGGGACUGCUCGUUUAUCGGCAUCGGCCAAUCCUCCAUCGUUGCAACGGUGAUUUUUCUUUCUUACCAAUAUUAAAUAGUGCUUCGAAUACGUUCGACUGGCUCGUUAAAAGAAACGCGUUUAAAGGGAUCGUCGAGCCGUGGCAAUAGAGGAGGCUCCGUUACAUCACGAAAAAGCAGAAGGACGCGAUCGACCGAUGCUCACGGAAGCAACAGUGCGAUCUACGGAAUCAGACGAAGCAACGAUCACAAUCUAAAAAGAAACAUUUUCUUCGUUCUAACACGAAGGUGCGAUUCGACGAGAUUCGUUCGAGUGUGUCGAUUGUUUCCCGUUUCCAAGGGACUCUACGCUACCCCCGCUCGUGCCUCGUCCGAAAAAUCACUCAGAGAACCGUCCUGUAAAGUAACGACCGCUCGUUCAAGCGGAUUUUACCUCGCUCGAGACCAAACUCGGCCUUUUCGACCGACGAGGACCGUACAAUAGCUUCCCUCUUGAAAAGUUGUGCGGCUGACUCUUACAAUUAGUUACCAAUGAUCUCGUGAUACAUACUUCUUUCCUCUUGCUUUUUAAUUACGCUUUCAACGAAUCCUCGAAGAAGUUGAAAGUCUUCUUCGGUACAAACUACACGCACCUGUGCAUAUACACAUACACACACAUAUAUACACGCUUAUUUAUCGUCCACUCUCGUUUCUCGGGGCAUCGGAUUCUCGUUCGCGGUGCUCAUUUUUCCACCGUUUUUACGCGCUCGACAUCCGAAGACGGAAACGUGCAACAAAGCUGCUACUGUUGGAGAGUACGCGAGGCUGGCCAAAGCCGGUGAUAAUUUGCGUGAAUCGACGACGAACGACGGUUUCGUGGCCGUGAUCGAUGCAGCAUAAACCCGGGGGGGCCGUACUCGCCAGCUGUGGGAAACCAGGGGUACGGCCCCGAUCGAGCUGACUACGGGAGUCAAGCUGACGUGACAGAGGCUGUGUUCUUCUUCUAACGUGGCAAGUACGGGGUGAACUCCACCGGAUGCCAGUGGUGUUCCUCGAUCGGCCUGGCCGUUUCCCUCUUGUCCACCGACUGGAAGAAGCUUGACCGGCCCAAAGAUGCUGUACAUAUUCCACGUGGACACCGGCACCACCAUCACCUUCGACAUCAAGUUGGCGCUGCAGACUGUCGCUCAGCUGAAGGAAGCGAUCGAGAGGGAAUGCGGUGUGGUAGCGGCUCACCAGGUGCUGCUGAUGAGCGGAGGCGAAAGUCUGGAACCAGACGCUCGUGUGUGCUCUUACUCUGCUGGAACCGAUACGAAUCCGAUCUAUUUGUUCAGCAAGGCCGCCAUUGAGAGCCACCUUCCACCCACGCCAAGCAUAGACUACGGUUCCGAUGUCGAUCUGCAGUGUCAAAUUGACGCGUCGUUGGCGAUGCCAGCCACCUAUCAGACCGUUGUAGCCCGCGUGCAAUUGGCUCAGCAAUGCUGCGGAUUGGCCCGGGAGCAAACGAGGAUCUGCGAGAGGCUGGUGCACGAUCAACACCUUCAACAACAGGGUUGGGCAGCGGUGGUAGCGAAUCUGGAGGACAUCACUCAGAUGUUCCAGUCGCGGGCCGAUCUUCUGCAUCAGAGCUUCGCUGUCUACCUUUCGGAGAGGCAGCGGCACAUGGAACUGCUUGCAAACUUCAACGCCGAUCUGGGCAUGUUAGCGAAGAUACCGAUCCUACCGGCGUUGCGAGCUCAGGCCGAGGGUCUGCUGAGUCCGGACGAGCAACCUAGUGAAUCGGAGAAGGAUGCCGAAGAGAAGGAGGAAGUGUUGAGCUUGCUUCGAUGGAUCUCGGCGAAGGACAAUCAGAGCAGCCUCGAACAGGUGGCGGAACAGUGUUCGAGGGGUUUGGAGCAGUUCGACGAGAGGGUGAUGGAGGCGUUGAAGGCGGAGGUGAACGCGGCCAUAGACAGCGCGAACAAGCAGGAUAUGAAGGAGAUAAAGGGCCUAGGCGAACGGUUGUUCGCCCUCGAACAGCUGAUGGCUCAGACGAAGAAGCUGGUUCACGAACAAGGAGAGCUUGCCCAGGGCUUUCUUCAGAAUCAAAGUCGCGCGAACAACUUGGGCGAUGCUAGCGUUCUACCUGACCUCUGCACCUCGCAUAGACGCCAGCUAGUCGUGAUGCUGCAGAAUCACAACCAGCUGCGCGACAUACGACGCAGGUGCACCAAGGCGAAGGAAGAGCUAUCGGUGAACAUCUACCAUCGGCUCAAAUGGAUCAUGUACGUGGAGAACAAGAUGAUGGAGGUGGACAGCAAGCUGGUGAUAUAUCACGAGAGCUUGAAGCGUUUGAGACGUCAUCUGGAGGUGCUUCAACAAAUCCAUCUAGCGCCUCAGAUGUACAUGAACGCGGUGGCCGAGGUGGUUCGAAGGCGUACCUUCUCCCAGGCGUUCCUCGUAUGGGCCAGCAAUCUUGCUUGCCAGCUGCUGACCGUCCACAGCGAGGAACUUGCUCGCAGGAGGGAGUUUCAGAGUAAAUUCGGGGGACAUUUCUUAAAUACUCUGUUCCCCGGCCUCGAGGACACUCCGCCACCUUUUGCCACGCAAGCGCCGUCUGUCUUUGAUAGCGGCUUGCCUAAGUUGACGGUGAACGACAUGGAAUCUCUGAGAUCACAGCUACCCGACCUGGCACUCGCCGUCUCGUCGCCAGACUUGAACAGCAUCACGCAGUUCUUUUUGUCCAGGAGCCUUACCGAGGCCAGCACAGAUGGUAACAAGGAUAAGGAUAGCACUUCUAUGCGCGUAGAUGUGACCAGCAAGGAACGAACGAGAGCACCGACAUUGUCCGACAGGGGUGAUUUCGAAUCGGAGACGGACACGGAGGAGUUCGAGAAGAUCGGCCAGGGCGCCACGGACUCUAAGCCGGAAUCGUUCGAUGGCGCGAAACAAAUGCGUCAGAAACAAUUGGAGGUUGGUGCCUCGCGAAGCGUGUCCCCAGCUUCCUCCACCUCGACUAACGUGUCCCCGCUUAAUUCGAAAGUCGUCGACCCGACGAGCCGGUCAUCCUCCUCGAGCGAACCUGGAUCCUCUUUCCAUUUCCCCAGUAUGUCCGUAAGCGAGCGUCCAGCUCAGCUGAGUCCACUCGCCGAAUGCGUCGAGAACGGCGAGUCGAGCUGUUUGCUUCAUCGCGCCAACAAUUGUCUUCCCAAGUAUCGCGACUCCGGUCCUAUCAACACCGAGGAAUCCAACUCCCUAAGUCCGAAUCCUCCUUCCUCGACACGGUCCGUGUUGUGCGACGGUCAGCAGCAACAGCAGCAACAGCAACAACGCCAUCAGCUAUCGGGCAGUGGCGGUAGCAGCCCAUCCGCCGGAGUAGGCGCUACCGACUUCAUGGCCACUGAAUUUUACAUGGACGAGUCUCUGCCGAGCAGUCUCAGCGAGCAUCCCAACGACGGCCAGCAUCAGGCCAUCGUUUCCCUUCUCCAGGAGAAUCUUGGCAACACGCGCGAGGAGGUGGAAAGGCUCCGCUCGAUCCUGAAGACGAUGAAAGCGGUGGUGUGCGAGACGUUGACCUCGGUUCGUCAGGAGUUGUCGAUUCUGAGGGAUCGAAGCGACGAGGAGAAGGCAGGCUUCUUCAAGAUGAUCGAAAGGGUUCGCGAGGCUCUGUCCUUGUACUCGCGCGAGUGCGAUCGUCGUCUCCGAGAGCGCGAACAGGAGCUGACCGUCGAGCACGAGCUCGAGUUGGCCGACGUGAAGAAGCUGAUCGAGAACCGGGAGGAGGAGAUAUGCAGCUUGAAACGCAAUCUUUUGGAGAAAGAAACGGAGCUGGCUGAACACGAGCGUCUGGUCGCGACGAUACGGCAGAAACUAGAGACGGAGCAAACGGAGAUGAGAAAUCUGCAAACGCGUGUGCAUCGUCAACUCGAGGAGGCGUUGGAACAGGCUCGAGCGGAAAAGGAAGCCGCGGUGAAGGAGGCGAACGAGGAGCGAUUUUUGGAGAUCGCCACCCUCACGAGUUCCGUCGCGCAGUGUCAGAAGCGAAUCCAAGAGUUGGAGGAGAGUUUGACCACGGCGCGCAACGAUCAGCAGAGAAUGGUGAAGGAGGCGACCGAUAAGCUGCAGCUCGAGUGCAAAACCGAGUUGGAGAACAUCAGAAGCCGUUUCAAGCUGAUGGCUGCGUCCACGAUGGAGAGGAGUCCGAGCGACAGCAGCCUCGAAAAGAUCGAGAGACCAGACGUGAUCGAGUUCGCCAACCACAUACUGGCCCAGGCGAAGGAGGACAUGAAGUUGGAGAAAUCGGUAGCUAUACGUACAGCGAUCGAGAAAGAACGAGCGGAUUGCGUGAUGAAGUUGGAUCACGAGCUGCGAGUGGCCAGGCAAAUGGUCGAGGAGAAGGAUAAAGAGGUGGAGAUGUACCGGAUGAUAGAAGUCGCGCUUGCCGAGGAAUGUAAACGUUACAAGAACACCAUCAGACGAUUGACCGAGUCGGAAAAAUUCAAGAACAUACCGGUCGAGGCUGGACUGCACAAGGAGCACGGCGAGGAACGGCUGGAGAUGAGCCAAAGCAAUCUUGAGGAGGUGGCGAAAAGCGUGGAAACGGAUAAGGACGAGGUGGAGGUGUCGGAAUCGAAGAAGGUGCGUUUGGAAGCAACCAACGACGCGAGCUAUCUGUCCAGGAGGCUAGAGUUGCUCGAGAACGACAACAAGAGGUUGAACGCGGAGUUGCAAUCGCUUCGCGAGAGCAAAGAGUCGGCUGAGACGAAGAUAGAAUCUUUGGAAGCGGACAAGGUUCGUUUGGAGCUGGAACUGGUGAAAGAACGAUCGAGGAGAAGCUUCGCAGCUGAUCCUUCGGAAAGUCGCGAGAAGGAGAUGAACGCCUCGGUCGCCAUGGUUUCCGAAUCAGGCUCGAGUCAGGACGCUACCAACAGUCCAUUGCCGAUUCGCGGAUUCACCUGCACCACCUGUUUGUACUCGUUCUCGGAUAUACAGAAGAAGAUCGAGCAAACCGCGGCGAAACUGGAGAAAGAGGGUCGCAUCACCGUGACCACCUGCAAUCCCGGGGAUGACGUAUUGGUUUGUUGGAAUCCGGCUCACGGAAAGUACACGUUGUAUCAGGAAUCAUCGAUGCUUUAUUUCCUCAAUUCGGACUGCAUGGGUACAUUGAAGCUGGGAUUGCAUCAGGACGGGACCCCGAAGAAGAUUCUGACCAUCGCCGAGGUGAUCGAUAAGCAAUUCUGUCAAACCAGAAAGUCCGAAAAUCGGUAUCGCGUGCCACGCGGCACCAAGUUCUAUCGGGUGCGCGUGAAACCGGUGGACGAGAGCGACGCUCUGUUGGAGAGCGAAGAAUUACUCUUGCCUGAUUAGAAGCCACGGGAGCAUGGGUCUGCAUAAGCGAGUAAAACGAAACAUCCGUAAUCUUGCAACGUGACAUACAUAUUUAGGAUGCAGAUCCUUGGCUUACGCGUUCGCGAACAUCCGGUAAUCCUUCGAUCAAGGCCAAAACCUGCCAGAGCCUGUAGACGCAUCCUUGACGAACGUUCAGAGAAGGAGUUACGGAUGCUGCCCAGUUUUGGGUGCCAGCAAACACGAUAAGAAAGGAUGCGGCUGGCGUUUCAUUGUGAUAUAAGUAAUUUUUAAACGAGCGAAACAUAAUUGCCGAAUGCUGUGGUUAGCUGUGAAGCCCGAACGACGUUUGUAUUCCUUUUUUCCCCUUUUUUUUUUCUUUUCACACACACACACGAGAUUGAAAGUGAGAUAGAGAGUGAAAGAACGAGAAUGAUAGAGAUAUAGAGCGAAUGAAAGCGAAAGGACGAACAAUCGCGAGUAUAUUAUUAAUAAUUAACGUCACGGACGAUCUUCUUCUUGUAAUUUGACAAACGCAAGAGAUAGUCUCUUCUUUUUUCACUUUAAUUUCGAACACCAAGACGCGUAGCUUCCUCGUUCGAAUUAAUUACUAUAUUAAUACUAUUUGUCUUUGCACCGUGUAAGAAAACAACGAACGAGGAAGAGAAGACAAACAAAUUUUCGUAGUACGGUAAGUUUUACAGAGAAACAAAAGCAAAAUGAUUAAGAAAGAAAAUUUAAAAAAAAAAAAAAAGAAAGAAUACAGAAGCAAAAGGAGGUAACGAAAUUUACGGAAAAUUGCUUUGUAUAUGCAGACAAAUAUAUAUGUAUAUUAUAUACAUGUGAUAUAUAAUAUAAUACCAUGUACAUCGUUAUACGAAGCGUGCAAUAUUCGCGUUCGAGAAGAACAAAAAAAAAAAAAAACAAAACGGAAGAGUAUCACGCGUGUGCGUACACGCGUAUUAGGUCCUAAGGUGAUGCUAAGAUUUUGUAAAACGAAAUUAUCUAAUUAACCACGUGUUGUGCAAUUCUCGAGACACAUCUUUCAACGCACGUUACGGAGUUCGUUUAAUUUUUUAAACGAACACAAAAAAGAAAGCAAAAAUACAAGAUAGAGGAAGAAUCGUAUAAAAUCGUUUCCUCCUAUCGACCAUAUUUUCAUUCUUUUUUUUUUUUCUUCUAACAAUUUCGUUUCGGGUGCCUCUAUUAUUGACGCGCGGUUUUCGCCGAUCUCGCAUCGAGAGGAGACCGCGUGGCACUCGUAAAAAUUUACUUCGAUGCGUAACGACGAAAGAUUAGGCCCCGUCGAUGAACCCGGUGCGAGGCAAACUCUUCGUAGGAUGAAUUUUAUAAAUAAUACGUGUGCGCGCUUAGAUUAACGCGUACACCCACCUAGACCCACGUACACAUAUACUUAUAUAUAUAUAUAUAUAUAUACACAUACACACACAGAAAUAUGUUCUUUUGUACUGUCCUUAGCGAAAGAGACACACAGACGGAUAUGUAGCUUCCUCGCAAAAGAGAUCCUUCGAUUUAUCUAUCACUGUUAUCGUUUACCCCGCGACAGUUAAGCACACUCAUAGUAUCGUACAAUAGCUGUGAUCGUUAGACUCGACGUUUUCACUUCUACUUAGCGGUUAGAUUAAUCUUAAUUGGCGCGAUUCAACCACCUUUUCCGUGUUAGCCCUAAUUUUCUUUUUUGUCGCAUGGAAGAACGCGAAAAGCGUGGCUGAAUCGGCCGGCUCGAUCGCUCGUCUCCCCUCUGAUUUUCGAGUUCGAGCGACAAGCAAGACGAGGACGAAAAGAUAGAUUCGUUCGUUCGAUAGGUUGUAGUACGAGGUUCGUCGAAAGAACGAUACGCAACCGUCACUGACGUAGAGCGUGCAGGAAAAGCGAUUUCCUCUUUAUUCUGCGAAUCGAAACACGCACUUUACCGCAUCGAUCUAACACGAAUUCUGUUCAUAGCUACGUUUACCCUUUCAGAAACCGUGUCGUUCGUUCAAAAAUACAUCGUGCACGGGGAACAGAUUCGAAUUACAGAUUUACCAAGCAGCGUGCUUGGAAGAUUUUCAUUAUUUAUCUUUUAACAUUGUCGCAACUUUCGGACAGAUGCGACAGAAGCUGCGAUAUCGCGUGAACGGAUAUUUAAUUACGACGAUCGAGCACGCGGUAUCGAGUGUCGAGCAAUUAAUUUAUGACAGAGAGUUUGAAUGAUGAACGUUUGAAACUGGGUCCAAAAAUUCCAUCAUGGUACUUAAUCGUAAUUUCACUUUUAACAAUUGUGCUUGUUCCCUCUGUGCACGCUUAUCCACGGUUCCUAAACACGAUAUCAUCUUGAGGCUUUUACGAUUCGAAUCGUCGAUACUCGAUGAUCGUCGGACGAGCAUUUAGCUGCAACGUCGAUAGACGGUCACUCGACGCGGCAGCUUAUGUUCUAACACGGUCUCGAGAGCUUUUCACUUAGACAAAUUCAAGGAUCGAUCCUUUCGUCACGUUCGAUACGUUUCUGAACGCGUUGCGAAGCGAUUUCAAUUGGAACGAUGUAGAUUUUAGCUACUUGAGUGUUGAGCAAAACGAAUGCACGAAGAGAAAUGAAUCGUGCAAAGGUACAUCGUUAAUAAAUCAAUGGACAAUCGUCUAUCUCAAAGAUUAAUGUAAGAACAUUUUAAUGUACCAAGAGAAAAUAAGCAAAAAAAAAUUGAGCUAAACACUCAAAGAUGCGAAAGAAAUCAAAAUAACGAGAAAACUUUCUAAUGGUCGCAAGAAGCUUUGCAGAACACGCGUGCUCUUUUUUUCCAUUUUUUUAAAUUCAAUUUCGUGAUCGCAAGGUUUCUUCGAUUGUUCUAUAAUUUUUCAAUUGAAAUUUUCGUAAUUCAUUCGAAACGUAUGAAAAAACGAAGAUCAAUCGUGACAUUUGUCUAAAACAACGUAGUCUCCAAUUCCGCCCAGAUGAACCUUCUUCCGGUUCGACUUUCAAGUAUCUCAGAAAAAAAGUAGAAGUCUCCUCUUUUCCCUUCUUCGAAAAGCUCCGUUGGACCGCGGUUGGUUGCAAGCAGAAAUCAAAACCGACGAGAUUCCUUCAUUUUCUUCCGAACUACGCGAGACCCCAGCUUUUAGACGAGUUUCUAAUAAAACAUGAAAAGAAAAAGACUUUCUAUUAAAUCUUCUAAACGAGGCUCCGUAAGCUGGUUCCGUUGGUCUCGUGUAAGUUUCGUCGAUCCGUCGGCCAAUUCACGAAUUCCUAAUCGUUCGCCCUGGUUUAGACACGCGGUGUACAGUCUCGUGCAAAGAUGGCUCUUUGUGACGGCGAUCUAUGCACGAAGAUGUACACGGAUUCAGAUAUCAAAGCUACGUGCCUGGAACGUGUUUUUAGCUGUGUUACUUAGAUCCUAAACGAUCGCCUCUAAAAUCGAAGGGGAAAGUUCGAUCGAAAUGUUGUGAUUCCUUUGAUAAGAGAUUAUACACGGACGAUCGUAAAGAAGGUUUUCUUCUCUUGGAAGAAGAUGAAACACGCGUCGGAAGAUCGCGAACGAAGAGAAGAAAGAGAGGAACGUGAAAGAGGGAAAGAAAUUUUGUAAGACGACGAAGAGAAGAAAAGAGAAUGUGUGUGUGCGUGUGGAGGAUAGAGCCGCGUUUUUAUUUUUCUAGCGAUUCUCUGACGUACACGUUUAUCCCUCACCCUCUAUCCUUCCACUACUUCGUUCCCAUUUUUUACUUAGACGCCUAAAGAGACAAAAGAAAAAAAAAACAAAAUGAUGAAAAAAAAAAAACGUGUUAUGUAAAACGUAGCGUAACGAUAUAGAGUUUGUUUUACGUGUGACGUGUAUAGGACAAAUGUAAUUCGAUAUUAUAGAAUAUUCUUUUUUUUACCGACCAAAAUUUAUACGCUUAGAGAGGUUUAUACACACUUGCGCGAAAAGGGUGGUAAUCGUAAUUCACGUACAAAAGGAAAGGAGAAUAUACGCGACCGAGAAGAAACGAUGAGAGAAAAUUUUGGCGAUAUCGUGUGACGUAUCUUUUAGGUUUGCUUUCUUUUUUAAUUUUCCUUUCAUUCUUUUUCUUUUUUCUUUUUAUAUCAGCAACACCGCCAAUGUAUUUGUUCUUUCUUUCUUCAAGUAGUCGGAGUAAAUAGCGAAAGAGAGGCAUUUCAUUUUUUCACCAGAAUGUUUAAACGAUUUCGUCGAACGUUCGCUGACCGAUCGAUUAUCUUUAUAGAACAAUUAGAUCUCGAGAUAUACCCACUUGGAGGACACUUUCAAACGAAUCUUUCCCGGGGAACAAGAGCGCAAUCUUAGCGGUUCACUUUGCUCUGGAUUUAUAUAAGCGGAUCCGCGAACGUGCGUCUCGCGAUCACGUCUUUCUUCUUAACCCGUCGACGAUGAUCUUAGUUAGGGUACGCUUAUACAAGGAAUCAUUCUAGAUACCGCUCACGCACUCUUUUCUCUUCGAUAUUAGCUUUCGAUCACUGUCGAGGGUUAACGAAACGAACGCCCAGAGACCGUUUGAUUGAUCGUUCGACGAGCACACACGCGUGCGGAUUCCCAGUCGAUUUCGUUACUCGUGUCAGCCUUGAGUUUGUCGUCUGAGGAACAAACGAAACAAGAUAAACUAAAGCAAAGGAGAAACAAACAAAACGAGAAAAAGAAGAAACGAUUAUCGCGCAUGUAAUCCGAGAAAGUGUAACGCAAAUAGGUAUAUAUGAUUAUAUUACAUAAACAUACAUACAGUUGUGAUCGUGAGAGUAUCUGUUACGAAUAAAUAAAUUACGACUAAACCAGGUAAAUUUUUUCAAAGCUA